AUGUCCAACCAACUCAUCCCUCCUGCUAGUGUAAUAGCCACCUGGCCAGCGCCUAAUUUUGUUGACCCUGAGCUCAGAGGUCCAGGGUUGCUGGUCGUCAAUGUUGUCUUUUCGUCGUUGGCUUUUAUUCUGACUGUAUUACGCGUUUAUACCCGCGGCUUCAUAACUUCCACUAUAGGUCUUGACGAUGUCCUUGCCGUGCUGGCCUUGUCAUUUGCAAUUGCCAUGUGUACCGCAACAUCCAUCGCUGCAGUGAAAUUCGGAUGGGAUCGCCAUAUAUGGGAUGUCCCGUUUACAUGGAUGCCGGCUAUGCUCAAAUACCGCAUGGUUUUCGAGAUGACGUUUUGUCUGUCAUCCAUAUUAACCAAGAUUUCCCUGCUGUGGUUUUGUCGUCGCCUCCUGGGUAGUAGCGCGAAGAGUAAAUUUCGGUACCUGAAUUUGAGCCUUAUCGCGGCUAUGGUGUUGUUGUUUAUAUUGGGCCUCUUGUUCAUUUUCAUCACAUUAUUCACAUGCAUUCCUCUCAAAGCAUCCUUUGAUCUGCUACCAGAUUACCCAUAUCAUUGCAUCGAUGGGAACGCUGUGGUCAUUGCAGCCAGUGUCAUCAAUGUAUGUACCGACUUCAUGACUACUGUAGUGCCUAUGCCGCUGAUAUGGAAGCUUCAACUUCCUCGGCGUCAGCGUCUCGCGGUCAUUGCUAUUUUUGGUAUUGGUAUCACGGUGACUAUCGCUUCUUCCGUUCGGACGUAUUAUGCGUGGAUGAACACUUUUGGUUCUUAUGAUGCGACAUGGUAUGGGUGGGCAACUGGUUUAUCCGCCUCUGUCGAAAUAAACAUGGGACUAAUUUGUGCAUCCGCACCUGCACUGCGGCCUCUUAUCAAGACAGUCUGGCCUAGACUACUUGGUGGUUCCGGGCAUGGACACGGUGACUCCUACCAACGUUUCAACGGUGCCAAACCGUGGCCGCCUUCAAAUCGGUCUGAUAAUCCUCAUAUACGCAUGGGAUCCAAUGAGUCAACGAUGAAAGGACCCGGUAUUCUUAGUCGAUUUGAUUCCACCAAUGAACCAGGUAUAGUCCGAACGGUAGAGCUAGAGACUUUCUAUGAAGAGCGCAAGGAGGUGAUAUACGGCCGUCCUGUGGCUGCCAACUCAGUCAAUGCCCGACCCUUGAUGGAAGCGAGGAAUGCUCAUGGAGGAGGAACUUUCUUUAUGAACCGGCGCCGAGAUUCUUUUCCCUCGGCGAGGCAUCUUAAGGAGUUGUACAGCGACGAUGAGGCGCUGUUUGCUGUUGAGAGAAUGGUAUGA